ACACACUGACGAUUGGUUAUCAUCGACGGAAUAACCAACUUCAUGGUGAAUGGCAAAAGCGUGCUCACGUUUUUUUUUUCGUUCAUUUAUUGCCGAUAUACCAGUCGUUUAUUUAUCAAAUUGUGUGCGUGAUAGCAGCUGCAGGCAGGCAAUUGAAUUGAUUUCGUUGCUUUAGUUAAAACAAAUUGAUUAAUUCUCUAUUAAAAAUGGCAUCAACCGAAUCCAAUCCCGAAUUUUUGCUUGCUGUCGUGCAUGAGUUUUUGUUGAGAAAAGACCGGAAUUUAGCCAGUGUAUUCAAAUCGAAAUGCAACUCGCCUUUAUUGCCGAAAGAUUCGCCCAAACUUGAAGAUAUUAUCACAUUUUAUGCAAAAAGUUCAAAUAAAAUACCGAAAAUCAAAGCACCAUCGUCGGGUUCGGAUGAUAGCAGUUCAGAAGAUGAGAAACCAGCACAUAAAGCAGCCGCUACUAAAUCACCCGCUAAGGCAACACCAGCUAAAGCCGUAGCAAAGAAAGAAAGCAGCUCUGAAGACAGUUCCGAUGAUAGUUCAGACGACGAGAAACCAGCUCAAAAAACACCAGCCAAACCAGCUGCAAAAGUAACACCUGCUAAAGUGGUUGCCAAAAAAGAGAGUAGCAGCUCGGAAGAGAGCAGUUCGGAUGAGGAUAAAAAGCCUGCACCAAAAGCAAUGCCAUCCAAACCAGCUGCAAAAGCAACACCUGCUAAAGUGGUUGCAAAAAAAGAGAGUAGCUCAGAGGAGAGCAGUUCGGAAGAUGAGAAACCGAAGGCAAAGGCUCCACCAGCCAAAGUGGUCACACCGGUGAAAACUGUAAAAAAAGAAUCAUCAUCGGAAGACAGCAGCUCAGAUGAUGAAAAACCAGCCAAACCAACACCAGCUAAGGCUCCGGCAGCCAAACCUGCUGUUGCUAAGAUACCGGUAAAGAAAGAAUCGAGCUCAGACUCGGACAGCGACUCUGACGAUGAACAACCAGCGAAGAAGACGCCAGUCGCCGCUAAACCAACAUCGGUCAGAGCAAAGAAAGAAUCACCAAGCAGCGACUCUGAUUCAUCAGAAGAUGAAAAACCAAAAGCAAACGCAGCUAAAGCCCAACCACCAAAGGCUGCAGCAAAGAAAGAGAGCUCAGACAGCGAAAGUGACAGUGAUUCAGAUGAGGAACCAGCUAAAAAGACUGCAGUAGCUGCCAAGCCAGCAGCUAAAGCUACACCACAAAAGAAACAAGAAUCAUCCGAUGACAGUAGCGAUUCCUCGGAGGAUGAAAAAAAAGCGGCUAAACCAGCAGCAAAGCCCGCUGUUGCAGCAAAGCCGUCUGCUAAAGCCAAGAAAGAGAGCUCAAGUUCAAGUGACGACUCUGACAGCGAAGAAGAGAAGAAGCCAGCUCCAAAAGCAACACCUGUUGCUAAGCCAGCUGCCAAAACGGUCGCCAAGAAGGAGUCGAGCUCUGAUUCAGAUAGCGACAGUGACUCAGAAGAUGACACCGUAAAAAAGGCAUUGCAAACGAUCGCCCCAAAGAAAGUGGCCACCAAAUCGUCAUCGUCUGAAGACAGUAGUUCGGAAGAAGAGGCGCCAAAGAAAAAGGCACCGGCUACACCAGCACAAAAAGUUGCUCCAAAAGUAGCAAAGAAAAAAAGUUCCUCAGACUCGAGUGAUGACAGUGACGAUGAGCCAGCACAGAAAAAACCAGCAGCCAAAGCACCAUUGACCAACGGAAAGGCAAAGGUUGCGAAUGGCAAAUCAUCUUCUUCUGAUAGCAGCGAUUCGGAAGACGAGGCUCCGGCUAAGAAGCCAAAACUAGCAAACCAAUCUCUGAACAAAUCAGCGGCUAAAAAGAAAGAUUCAUCUUCAUCUGAGUCGAGUGACAGUGAUGAUAGCAACGCAAAACCAGUGACGAAAACAACGACUAAAUUGGGACCAACCCAAACUAGCACUCCAAACACAUUAAAGUACGGUAAUUUCGUAUCGGGUGGUAUCAUGCAACCAACCGUCAAAAUUCCAACUGAACAAAAACCAACAAAAGCCGAAUCAUCGAGCGAAGAUUCAUCGGACAGUGAUGAAGAAGAGGAAAAGAAACCAGUCGUACAAAAUAGCAUUACCCCGGCCGGUGGUAAGAAACGAAAAUUCUCAGCAUCUGAAGAAACCGAGACACCAGUCUCCAAAAAGGCCAACAAUACCAAUGGAUCAUUCAACAAAAGUUCCAACUCAAAACCAAACACACCAUUCAGACGAGUCAAAGAUGAAGAGAUCGAAGUUGACACACGUUUAUCAAACAAUUCGUUUGAUGCAAAGAAAGGAGCAAAGGGAUCGUGGGGUGAAAAAGCCAAUGACAUUUUAAAACAUACACGUGGUAAAUCAUUCAGACACGAGAAAACAAAGAAGAAGCGUGGCAAUUACAAGGGCGGUGCCAUCGAUUCCGUUGGUGUACACUCCAUCAAAUUCGAAGAUUAACUUUAAAGAGUGGACAAAAUGAAUUCAAUGUAUUAAUACAUAACACUUGCUCUAUCAAUCGAUUUACAAUUAUAAAUACCGAUAUUUUUUGUUUGAUUUCAUCAUUUCGAUGAAAUCAUGAAUGUUUAAGCUUAGGUUGAAAUGAAUUUUUACCAAUUAUUUGAGAAUGAUGAGAAACUUUAUUGCGACAUUUUAAUACAUUGUAAGAAUUUCAUUUUUAUUUCUGUCUUUACAUUUAACACAGAAAAUAGUAAUUAGAUUAAGCAGAUUUAUUUUAAAAUACAUUUUUAUCACUACUUUAUAAAUUAAAUUGAUAACACUGAAUCAAUGUUAUAAAUGGAGCCAGAGAAUAUGGCUAAUGCAUUCUCUUUUUUUUUAUAAACAUAGAUCAUCAUUCAUGACUUGUUGUUCAAUCAAAAUAAGCCAUAAAUAAAAACGCGAUAAUAAUAAGACAA